CUCCUAACAUCUGUCAUAAAGAAAUAAACGAUAAGACUAAAGAAUCAAUCGCUAUUAAUAAAGCUUCAGAGAAGGUCCAAACGUGCUAUGUAGAAGGCGCCGAAGCGGUGGGAGUGAAGCGUAUGUGCGACUCCACUAAUGCGAAGUGCACACACAAAGAAUGUCGUUCAUUGGAUAAUAGGAACCGGAACAGUUGGCGGCUAGAAAGACAACCAUUAAGACCAUUCAUAUGAAAACUUAUUUCAAGGAAUGUUUUGAUAUGUUUUUCAACGAUAUCAGAGGAAUGUAUUCACGGUGAAGUACUCAGAAACAGGCAUUAUUAGGGAGUUGGACUCACACCCCGCGUGAGUAUUGUAAACCAUAUGGAGUCAAGGGAAGAUUCAAAGCUUGUGACUGUUAAAGAAGAGUGGAGAGACUCGCCUCCUCCUGGAUCAGAGCGCGCGGAAAGACAAUUUGAAAGCAGCGAAACACGAUCAGAGACAGACGGAAAGUUAUCGGCACAUAGGCCGGAUAAAUCUGGUUCACAACAAAACACAUCUCCCGGAGCACCUCCAACCAGCGGUGAUUCACAUCAAACGGCUGUGCAGACAACUACUUCCAGUCGUCAAGGAUUGCUCAAUUUUGCAGAAUCUAGUCAACUCCUACCGAAUGAGGACGUAGAAAAUUUCUUCCAUAGUCUUGAUCGUCCGCACGCUACUAGUGUGCCACUCACAACACUGAUACACACUGACUCGAACUCGACUCUCGCUACCCUCACCAACUCGCCCGCUCUCAGCGCAGGCCAAAUCAUGUACCAAACUGGAACAGGGACAACCAGUCAUAUAACUCCAUAUAUGGACGCUAAUACAAACUAUCUUCAAUCAGGGGUAAAUGGCACUGUGUAUGCCCGUCCAGUCUUGCCAUUGCACGCUCAAUAUACGGGACAGGGUGCCCCGGCUACUGGGAUGUGGCCGCAUGCUAUGCAACCAGAUACAGGGUACACAACAAAUGGUAGAAAUAGUUCAUUUAGCCCAGGGUCAUAUUAUCCCGCGGGGGAGCAGCUACCAUCCCCGGGCCAAAGACCGCCGCUAACCUACAACAAUGGAGGUCUUGCCAAUGGUAUCGGUGCGUACACAAGCUAUAUGAGUGGAACCCAAGAUAGAACGGCCUGGAGCCCCUAUAACGCGCCAUCAAUAGGUCUUCAGCAACAAGACAGACGGGGACCACCCUCCCCAGUUUCCCCGGAAGGUCGUGAGUGUGUGAAUUGUGGCUGCGUCUCUACUCCUCUGUGGAGGAGGGACGGGACUGGACAUUAUCUCUGUAAUGCCUGUGGCCUCUAUUCCAAGAUGUCCACUUCCGGACGGCCAUCACCAAUGCCCCAGAAACCCCGUGAUCAGAGCCUGAGAAUGCCCCAACUGUCCGGUUCUAGGAGAAUGGGUCUGCAGUGUGCAAACUGUGGAACGUCCACCACUACGCUAUGGAGGAGAAACAAUGAAGGAGAGCCUGUUUGCAAUGCUUGCGGCCUCUACUAUAAACUCCAUCAGGUGAACAGGCCAAUGUCAAUGAAGAAGGAUGGCAUACAAACCAGGAAGAGAAAGCCAAAGAGUGGGCCCUCUAAAGGGCAUAGGUCUCCACCAAGGCAUGUUUCAGAAGAGGUGAAAUCUAUGCAGCAGCAGCAGACCCCUCCCCCACCCCUGACACAGCUCUCCCAGCGCAGCUCUAGCUACAACAUGCCCCAGACCAUUAUGGGCUACAAUGGUGGAGGUAUCAUCACAUCUAUGGGAGUAUACACUCCUGGCGACAGCAGUCCUAACCACAUGCCCACUUAUCAACAGAGAGAUCCAAGCCCUGUGCCAAAUUACCAGCAAAGAGAGUCCAGCCCUAUGCCUAAUUACCAACCAAGAGAAACAAGCCCUAUGGCCAACUACCAGCCUCGUGAGAACAGCCCUAUGGGGAAUUACCAGCAACGAGAAACAAGCCCCAUGGUGAACUACCAGCCAAGGGAAACAAGUCCAACAGGCUAUCAGCAGCCACAAGUGCACAGGGAGCAGAGUCCAAUGGCCCACUACCAGGCAGCAGCUAGGGAAGGAUCACCCAGACUUCAAAGUCCUGGGAGUAUGACAUCCCAAGUUAUGUUUGCCUCUAAUGUACCCAUGCCAUCGCCCCCAAAGGCAGUCCCUGUUAACCUGGAUCAGAAUGAGAUGCCACCAGAACAUGGAAACAUCAAACAGGAGCAUAUGGGGGAGGACACCAGAUGCCUGGAUACAAAAAUACCAGGUGUCCACCAAGAGUUGGCAACUAGUUAACAGUAUUACACACAUACAGGGUGCCUCAUAAAGAUUUCAGACUCACAAACCUGAAAUAGAGAUCAGUUGUGAUCUUAUUUUCCUAGUUCAGAUCAUAACUAAUUGUGGUCUUAUUUUGACCAGAACUUAUGUAGCACCCUGCACAUGUAGAAAGAUAAUGAACAGUGCAAUAGCACAACUGCAAUGUAAAGACAUCAGGGUAGAAUGUAGAAAUGUGUAGAUAUCUUGCCACCAAAGCAACACCUAUUAGACCAGAGACACAGAAGCAAUACAAUGAUAUCCUUAAUGAAUGUCAUAUAGGACUCAAGGAUUUACUGGAAAAAUGACAUUUUCAAAACUUCACGAAACUUAUGCAAUAACUCAGAAUUGAGACUAAUGUGAACACUUUUGCAGAUAGUAUUAUUCCAAGCUUAAGUGAUUCAAAAGUGAGGGCUUUACAAAUUAAUUGUCCGUGUAACAUUUUACUUUUUUCAUCUGGUCAUUUUCACCAAAAAACAUCAGUUAAACAGACAGUUUAAAAAGAGGGUCACAUGAGAUAAGGUUAUUGAUAAAUCAUUUCAACAUUGUAUAUAUCAGCACACACCUAACUGAUCUCUGCAUAUAUGUAUUACAGUACACACACAUCUCUGUUCACAAACGUUUAUAGUGAAUCAAGAUGAAUUUCCAUGUAUAAAGCAUUUCAUUUAUCAUUAAAAUCAUCAGGGGAAAGUGGAACAUACAUGUAUCUUCACAUUGUCUGUAUUCAUUGACAUAUGAAUAUAUACAUGUACUGUAAUUGAAUCUAGUAAAUGGUUAUGAUCGAGUCCAUGAAUGAAUUCCUGCAUAUUUUCAUGACAUAUGCAUUUAUUGAUAUUCUUAUUCAUUAUUAUUCUAUUUUACAUGGAUUUGUAAAAUUCUGAAUGUAAAAUUUAUGACCAGAUUUUCUUGUAAUAAGUUCCCUUUGUUAUAUUGUCCAUUAAUUGAUUUUCUUCAAAAUAAACCCCAUGGGCUUUAUUUUGAGUGAAAUGACUUAGCAUCUGAAACAUUUUCUAUAACAUUAUUUGCUGUUUAAACAGCAUAAAAACAUAAUUCACAUUCAAAAGAAUUCUAUAAUAUUUUCAAUUUUUUAAAUAGCCUAUAUGCCAAAUUAUGCCUCGCUCUCAUCUUAGUGCCCAGGGUCUUAAUACAAGAAAAUCAGGUUUAUUUCACCAUCUUAGUCCCAGUGAAGUAUCUAAAAUGUAAAUGUUAAUUAGACAAUGGUUAUGGGGAAAAUGUUGACAUUGUUGGUGCAUCAUGCAGUGACUCAUUUCAAGUUAGCAAUAUACUGUAAUCUAUAUUAGAUGUCUCAUUUUCUAGAUAUUUGCACUAAAAGUGUAUAUAAAGAUAUUUUGCUACUGUAUCUGCACUUUAAUCAAUACAAUUUGGAACUAACGGACGACCUUGAGUCAAUGACUUCAAAUUACUUUUACUAAAUGUACAUGCUGGUUGUCAUACAUUAAUCCUGCAUAGCAAAUUCUGAAAAAUAUUUUUGCUGUUUUUUAUAUAUCAAAAUAUUCUGGAUAAUUUAAAAAAUCAAAGUUCUGCAUUUUGGAGGUAGAGUCUAGCAUGGAAAACUGAAAACAAUCUAUUGAAUGCCCAUUACCAAACCAAUGUUAAAUGCAAUGUGCAAUGACUUCAUGAAAAACUGAGAGAAUGGCCUCAAAUCAACCAACACUCCUUUAAUUUUUAAAUGCAUGCAACUACUUAGUACUGUAUUAUUUUUAUAAUUAAUUACUUGUACUUUAAACUUUUACAAGUUUAAAUUAUUAAGUGCCUUGUAUAGACAUCAUAUUUUAAGUUUUCAUUUAUAAGACAAACAUGUGGAUUGAUUUAUUAACAUGUUUUAGUCAAAUUUAAAUCUUGCCAACUAUAAGGGAUGUCUGUAUAAUUAGUUAAAGUAGCAGGAUUUUAUUCAACAUUUUAAGUGCACAUUUUGUCAGUAAUAUGUAAUUAAUGGAAAAUAAAUGUAAAUAAUAAUAUAAUAAAAAUAUAUAGUAA